UCUGUGGUUUAUAAAAAAAAAAAAAAUCUUAUAUUUUUCUAAUGUUUUUUGUUGUUUACGAGAUUGUACUUAAAAAUAUAAUAAACUGGUUUAUCUGUUAGUCAGUUCAGGCAGCUAACUAACGCCAAUAUAGUAAAAAUGGCUUUAAAAAGACUUACAAUGUUAAGAGCAUUUAAGUUUUUAACAGGUGAAAAUCAACACAUCUGUAGGUUAUGUUUAGAUACAACUGAACACCAAGAAAUGUCCUUUGAAGACACAGUGAGAUUUGAGAAAACUUACUGCACUGAAACGCUAACAUUUGGAGAAAUGUUUGAAGAUUUAGGUGUUUUAAGAGAAUUAGCAUUGCCACAAGUACUUUGUAGCAGUUGUGCAAAAACUGUUAUCAAUUCAUAUUUGUUUAAAAAACUUUGUGAAUACUCUAAUAACAUGUGGAGUGAAGUAAUAGAAAGACUUGAUGAGAGUUUAAACCAAGCAGAAACCUGUAGACCAAAUAUAAAGACAACAUAUCUCCUUGUGAAUGAAUAUGACAAUGUUAUUCUUACUAGCAGAAAUAAUCAUUUAACAAAAACUAAAAAAAUAGUAUUGGCAAAAAUUAAAAAUACAUUAAAAAGUAGAAAGUCUUAUGUCAAAGUUAAACAGAAGUUUAAUAAUGAAACAAUAUGUGAAGAAUGUGGAGAUAAAUUCACUUCAAACUGUCUUCUCUUAAAACAUAACAUGAAAGUACAUCAUAAAAAUAACAAUUUCUGUCUGCAAUGUUCAAAAGUUUUUGCAACACCAUUGCAAGUAGAGAAGCAUGCUGAAAGAGUCCACUAUCCAAAGAAAAUAAAAUGUUCAAAGUGCUCUAAAAUGUUCAGCACAGAAAGGAUGUUAAAACAUCAUGACAAAUUACAUCACAUAGCUGCCAUUUGUAAAUUAUGUUUUGUGCAGUUUCCCUCUAAAAAGGAUUUAAGAGCUCACAUAUACAAACAUGAUGUCAAUAAAUGCCCAAAGUGCAGUAAGACUUUUUUAAAUAGAUACACAUUUAAAUUCCAUUUAAAAAUAUGUGGCAACCCUGAAGAGAAACAGCCCAAUUUUUUCUGUGAUAUCUGUAAAAAGGGUUAUGUCCGUAAGAGUGGGUUGAAAUCUCAUUUAAAGACUGAUCAUGGGUUUGGACAUGCACUAUCAUGCAACUGGUGUGGAAAGAAAUUUGAUGCUGUAAGUCGUUUGAAAAGUCACAUUGUAAAACAUACAAAAGAGCGAAACUUCCAUUGUGAGCAAUGUGGUGGAAAAUUUGUUACACAGGCCGCUUUGGUAUAUCAUACAAGGUUACAUACUGGGGAAAGGCCAUUUCCUUGUAAUUUAUGCAAUGAAAGCUUUUUAUCUGCUUCUAGAAGAAUGGAUCAUAAGCGCAGAGUGCAUUUUGGACCAACUAUGGAGUGUUUAAUUUGUCAUGCAAAGUUUGCGACUGGAAGUCAACUAAAAAAACAUGUUCAAAAACAUUCUAAUCCACUCAGCAAACUUUAUGUUUCAGAUGUUAAAAAUUUAAAAAAAGAAAACUGGGAAGUGUUCUGAGGAAUCUGCAAUUCGAUAUUUACUUGAUUUAAAUUGCAUAUGAAAUAUAAUUCAUAUAAAACCAU